CCGCCCGCCCGCCCCAGGUUCACGAUGCCCAACUGGGGAGGAGGCAAGAAGUGCGGGGUCUGCCAGAAGACGGUGUACUUCGCCGAGGAGGUGCAGUGCGAAGGCAGCAGCUUCCACAAAUCCUGCUUCCUGUGCAUGGUCUGCAAGAAGAACCUGGACAGCACGACCGUGGCCGUGCACGGCGAGGAGAUCUACUGCCGGUCCUGCUACGGCAAGAAGUACGGGCCCAAGGGCUACGGCUACGGGCAGGGCGCCGGCACGCUCAGCACCGACAAGGGGGAGUCGCUGGGCAUCCGGCACGAGGAGGCGCCUGGCCACAGGCCCACCACCAACCCCAACGCCUCCAAGUUUGCCCAGAAGAUCGGGGGCUCCGAGCGCUGCCCCCGCUGCAGCCAGGCCGUCUAUGCCGCCGAGAAGGUGAUUGGUGCCGGGAAGUCCUGGCACAAGUCCUGCUUCCGCUGCGCCAAGUGUGGCAAAGGCCUGGAGUCCACCACCCUGGCCGACAAGGACGGGGAGAUUUACUGCAAAGGAUGCUACGCUAAGAACUUCGGGCCCAAGGGCUUCGGCUUCGGGCAGGGAGCGGGCGCCCUGGUCCACUCGGAGUGAGGCCGCCUGCCCUCCCCUCCCUGCCACGUGCCGUCUCCACCACCCGCUCCCCGCAGCCUCGGCCACCCCCUGGGAUGCCUCUCCUCAGCCCUGCCCCAUGCACGUCACCAGUGACCGGAACUCGGUGUCUGGCCCCCUCUGGUUUGGGGGCAGCCUGAGUUCCCCCCUCAGGGGCUCCCCCUGCCCGGGGUCUGCGCCGUCACCGGCAGGAGUCUCCGCGGUUUUAGCCUCCCACACCAGCCCGCAGGCCUCCGUUCUCAGCCUCCUUGGCUGAGCGUCCACCAUCAUCGGAGCCCACAUCUCGGGGCCCAGAGGGGAGGCUGUGGUUCCCGACCGCAAAGCUUCUCUUCUGCGAGAAAGAGGGCGUCCCUCAGAACAGGCCUGGGAGUCCCCCCAGCUCAGGAGUCACCAGGGCGGGGGAGGGGACCGAGAGGCAUAAGACACCUCUCCCCUAGGCCAUGACCUUGAGACUGUGACCUUGAGGCCAUGACCUUUGAGUCUGACCUUUGAGGUUGUGACCUUGAGGCUGUGGGGAAUUGGUGUCCUUCCCCGGGGGGUGGGAGAACACCCAGGUCUGAGAACCCCAGAGUCCACACAUAGUCUGACCUCCCCAGCUCCCGGUUUGAUGGGGGUCCCCAUGAGACACCCCAAUACCCACCCCUGUGUAUCAGAGGCCCAACUCUGAGGGGAGAUGGCUCCGCCCCUGACCCGGGGUCCGGGGCUGUGGUGACAGCGGGCCCCCGUCCACACACACCCAGCCCAGUGCCCCGCUGCCAUGCCGCUCGCCCUCACACGGAGGCAGCCCCAAUCCUCGUCUGGACACCCCUCCCCUCUGCACCCAGAGCUCAGGACCUUCCUGCCCACGCAGGGGUCUCGCCCCGGCUGCCCUCCCCUCCCCUCCCCUCCCCGGGACCCUCUCUGGCCACGUCACCCCUCCCUUCCAGGCCCCCAGGUCAGAGCAGCAGGAGCAGGGAGGGGUGGCCGCGAUGCUCCCAGGGACAGAAAGAGGACUAGACGGAUGGAGCUGGGCCUGGAGGGCUGCGGGGCUGGGCUGUACUCAAGCUGACCCCCCACUUGGUCAAUAAAAGCCAUCAGAACGGA